UAUAUAUAUAAUCUAAAAAGCAAAACGAGUUAUUUCAUUUCCUAUCUCAAUUAAUUCCUAAAUCAUCGUAAUUAACCAGUAUUCUCUUUCUUUUCGUUUCUUCUCUUUUUUAAAAAAUCUGUUCUUAGAAGAUGACAAUCUCUGUUGAGAACCCGAUUUUUGUAGAGAAGGUUUCUGCAUUCGAGAGGAAGAGUGAGGACAAGACAGGAGACUUGAAAUUGGACGGAGGAGUUUUGAUACCAAACAUGGCCACCAAAGACGACGAAGCCUUUUUGGCACCUGACAUGAAUGCAUUUGGCCGUCAGUUCAGGGACUUCGAUGCUGAGAGUGAGAGGCAGAAGAGGGUUGAAGAGUUUUAUAGAUUACAACACAUUAACCAAACUGUCGACUUUGUGACAAAGAUGAGGGCGGAAUAUGGUAAAUUAGAUAAGAAGGUGAUGAGCAUUUGGGAAUGCUGUGAGCUUCUCAACGAGGUCGUGGACGAGAGUGAUCCAGAUCUUGACGAGCCUCAGAUUCAGCACUUGCUUCAAUCUGCUGAAGCCAUCCGCAAGGAUUACCCUAAUGAGGAUUGGCUUCAUCUAACCGCUCUUAUCCAUGAUCUUGGGAAGGUUAUUACUCUUCCACAAUUCGGAGGACUUCCUCAAUGGGCUGUUGUUGGUGACACAUUCCCUGUUGGGUGUGCGUUUGAUGAAUCUAACGUACACCACAAGUACUUUAUGGAAAACCAAGAUUUUCACAACAAAGCCUACAACACUAAAAAUGGGAUUUACUCUCAAAGAUGUGGACUGAACAAUGUCAUGAUGUCAUGGGGCCAUGACGACUACAUGUACCUGGUAGCUAAAGAAAACGGAAGUACAUUGCCGUCCGCAGGACAGUUUAUUAUACGAUACCAUUCCUUUUAUCCAUUGCACACGGCUAGAGAAUACACCCAUCUUAUGAACGAGGAAGACAAGGAGAACCUCAAGUGGCUACACGUUUUCAACAAGUACGACUUAUACAGUAAGAGCAAAGUGCACAUUGAUGUGGAGAAGGUUAAGCCCUACUACAUGUCUCUUAUCAAGAAAUAUUUUCCGGAGAACUUGAGAUGGUGAAAAAAAAUUCCCAUGCAUGGAUGAUUUGUCGUUUGAUUAAUUCAUUUAUAAAUAUUUACACAUUGUUGAGUUAAUGUGAAUCUAUGGUAAUUGUAUUAAUAUUAUAUGCUCUUAUGUUAAUUAUAUUAUUAUCACAAUCAUCCCUCCUCUUUAAUGCUAAAGAGUAUGUGUAUACGCUUUAAUAAUAUAAGAUCUUAUAUAUAAUCGAAAGUGUACAACUUGGUUAA